AUGAACAACAGUCAAGAUCAUAUUAGCAGCAGUAAUUAUAAAGAUGAUGAUGAAGACGAAGUUCAACUUCCAGGGUUUCGAUUUCACCCAACAGAUGAAGAACUAGUUGGCUUCUAUCUUCGUCGAAAGGUUGACAAGAAGCCUCUCAGUAUUGAGCUUAUUAAACAAGUUGACAUCUACAAAUAUGAUCCAUGGGAUCUACCAA